CGUCACGCGAACAUGCCGAAAUCAAUCUUUCAACAAACUAACCUCGAAAGUAUCAAGCUACUUUCGACCAGCUAAAUACACGUGGACUUCUAACAAAAUUUAUUCGAAAUGGGAAAUAAAGCGAAGAAACGUGCGAUAAGCGAGCUUAACCCAGCUGAAAAAUCCGGUAAUGCCAAUUCCGCCGGUCAGGAAAGAAAAAAAAUGUUCAAAAAGGCUAAAGUAAAUACAAAUUCCCCGCAAACCGGAAAUAAAGUAAAGGAAGCCCCUUUAACAAAGCCACAAGUAAACAAUGGCAAUUCUCCCGGUGAAUUGAAAAAAUUAAAAAAACAAAAAGUUCUGCCCAAGUCCGGUUUUCAAGUGUCCGAAGCCGAAUCCGAGAAAAAGGAUGUUAAACCCGGACAAGAAAAGGUUGUCGACGCAAGUGUCGUGAUGAGCAAGAAACUAAAAAAAAUGAAGGCAAAUCAACUGAAACGGGAAAAGAGGAAGCAGGUUCGAAAAGAACAGGGCCAAUAUCGCGUAUCAGAAACAAUGAGUGCUGAACAUAUGAGGCAGAAAAUCGAUGAAAUUCAAUCGCGCGGAGAUUUGACAAAAACUGCAAAGAGAAAGUUGCGUAUAUUUAAAAAAAAACUGGCGAUUCUCGAAGGAACUGCCCCUCCUCCUUCUCCCCCGAAAAUUCAAGCCGAAGGUGGUGCGAAGCUUACGAAAAAUCAGAAGAAAAAAUUGAGAAAGGAGAGAAAUCAGUUGGCAAAAGCGAAGACUGAAAAUGCCGAUGUCGCGACUGAUAAAUCCGUGAAAACGGAAGCGGUUUUGGGGAAAAAAGUUAAGCAGGCAAUGGAAGUUGGCAAUGGAAAGAAGUUUGAAUUGAAUAACGUGAAAGUUAAUUUGAAAAAGGGGAAUAAUUUACAGAGACCGAAUCCGAAAGUGACAGUAGCUGCUGAAGAAAAUGACGAGAGUGAAGAUGACGAGUCUACGGAAGGUGCGAAGAAUGAUGUACCUGUUGCUACGGAAUCUGACGAUAGUGAAGUGGAGGAUGAGGAAGUUGAUGAUGAAGAAGAUGAUGAUGAAGAAGAGGAAAUUGAAAACGAGGAAGAUGAGGUUGAUGAGGAGGAAGAUGAAGAGUCUGAUGAUGAUGAUGAAGAGGAUGUGGAAGAUGUCGCAUCAAAAAAAUUGACUGAUCCAAAAGGGAUGAAAGAACCGAAAAUGAAAAAUGCGUCUCCAGCAGUACCGACGCAAGAAAAUGGAGAGAAGAAGAAGAGAUACGUUCUCUUCGUGGGAAAUGUUCCAUUCAAAGCGACUGUUGAGGAGAUAAAGCAACACUUUUUACAAAAAGUCAGCGACGUUGUUAGUGUUCGAAUUCCGACUCAUCCAGGAACAAAGAAACCGCGUGGUUUUGCUUAUGUCGAAGUUUCGAAUAAUGUGGAUUAUGAGAAAGGGCUCUCACUGCACCAGACGUCGCUUCAGGGCUUCAAAUUAAACGUAGAAUAUACGCAGACUGGCUCGAAGAAUAUUAAAAAUAAGCAAGAAUUGGUGGCCAAAAAUAAAAAGUUGCACGCUAUUCGGAAAGCAGGAAAACUGGCCGGUAGCAAGAAAGAAAAUCAAAAACGCAGUUUCCGGCGAAAUCUUAAAAAUAAGAUUCAGCAACCCCGGAAAGUGUAAAUGAGUCUCUUUGUGUGUGUAUGUUUUUUUUUAACUAUUGAUCACAAAAUAAUCAUUUAGUGCAAUUGUGCCAAUAUUAGGUCUACUGUUUCCGGACAGUAUUUAUUCCGAGAUAAUGUUCUGCGAAGAAUUUUUUGAGAGAUGCACAAAUUUUGAGGUAAAUUCGAUUUUUCCGAAUAUUUUUUUUUUCCUAAUAUUCAUUUUACCGAAACUCAUUUCACCAAAUAGUAAUUUUUUUUUAUUUAUUCUAAUUGUCAAUUUAACGACUUUUUUUUUUAAUUAUUUUUU